AAGCGAGAAAGAGAUAACUUCCGCGUCGUCUUUGUGACUGUUGGAGCUUCUCUCCCGUAUAAACCCUUUACAGUCCAAUUUAGGGUUUUGAAUGGUCCAUAAAUAAAGCUUUCUAAUGGGUGCUCAGAAGAGCGUCCAUGCCGGCAAAGGUCUCUUUUCUAUUUCCUUUACAAUUUCCACAUCAUUCACAAUUACCAGAUCCAACCCUAGGAAAUGUCUAAGAUCGAUUUCAAUGUCGAUUUCACGCACAGGCUCUGUGCUGCUAUGAUGGUUCAUUCUUUCAGAAACUCAGGCACUGGCAGCCCUCUUUCACUGAUUGUUGGGAGUCUUUGCAUAAAACACCCAAAUUUAUUUGGUAAAAGCGAGAAGCUUGAUGUAUUGUGGGAUAAAGGGCUUUCAGAUUCCAAUAUAUUGAUUGCUUAUAGGAAACCUAGGCCGGAAUGGCUUGCUCAACAUUCUUUUGUCCUUCAGCACUCGGUCUCACCUGAGGUUGGGAUACAUGGAGUGCCUGCUGACAACUUCUCAAGAACACAGAGUGGCGGUGUAAAUCUAUGUAGAUUCUCCGCAGGUCUAGAUCUUGACGAACCUGGAAGUUCCAAUUGGAGCAGCAAGACUAGUAUAAAAUUCGAGCAUGUCCGUCCGGUCAAUGAUGAUGGCCACUCAAUAAGUAGAGAUCUUCAUGGAUUUCCAGUGACUUGCAGUGGUACUCGUGAUGAUAAUAUGGUAGUAUUGAAACAGGAGUCCCGAUUCGCCAAGGCAAACGACCACAGUUUUACUCGGUUUAGUCUCCAAAUAGAGCAAGGGAUUCCGAUAUUCUCAAAGUGGUUAAUCUUUAACCGAUUCAAGUUUGCUGCUUCAAAGGGAGUAAAAGUUGGCCCUGGAUUUCUCUUAGCAAGCCUUACAGGUGGUUCCAUUGUAGGUGAUAUAGCUCCUUACCAAGCAUUUGCAAUUGGGGGACUUGGUAGUGUACGAGGUUAUGGCGAGGGUGCUGUUGGGUCUGGUAGAUCUUGUCUGAUUGCUAACGCCGAGCUCACAUUCCCCUUGAAUCAUAUGCUUGAUGGUGCUCUCUUCUGUGAUUGUGGAACUGAUUUGGGUUCUGGUCGCUAUGUUCCCGGAAAUCCGGGCUUAAGACAUGGUAAACCGGGAAACGGAGUUGGUGUUGGAUAUGGAAUUCGGGUCAAGUUCCCAAUGGGCCACUUUCAGGUCGACUAUGCUCUCAAUGACUAUCAACAAAAGACCAUCUAUUUUGGCUUUAGUAAUGUUGCUUCUUGAUAGCCUUUGGGACCCUAUAAAUAAUUAUGAUCCAAUUUUUCAUAUUCUUAAAAUUAGUCAAAGUCAACAAAUUUUGUUUGGAGCCAAACAGGAAUGUACGUAUUAUCUUAUUUAUUACUGUAAAUACAACAUUUAUUUGCUAACUCAUACCUAUUAAUGGUUUAGAAGAAUUUCAUAUA